AUGGUACAGAGGACGUACGGGGUUGCGCCGGACCGUGAGGAUGUGACUGGGCCCGGGGUGGAGGGAGAGACGGAGCAGAGCGCGCUGUUGGGUGGGGAUGCGGCGGUGGGGACGGGGGCGGCGAAGAAGCGGGACGGACAUGCGACGCUGUCGAGCAGUGUGGGGAACCUUGCGAAUACGAUUAUUGGGAGCGGUAUGCUGACAUUUCCCUUGGCCAUGGCGUCGGCGGGUAUCAUACCUGGGAUGAUAACGUGCCUGUUCUCUGGGAGCGUAGCUGCGUUUGGGCUGUACCUCCUCUCGCAUGCCGCUGCGCGCGCGCCGCAUCGGAAGGCGUCGUUCUUCGCGGUGGCGAAUAUGACUUUUCCGCGGGCUGCGAUAUUCUUCGACGCGGCUAUCGCUAUCAAGUGUUUUGGCGUGUCUAUCAGCUACCUGAUUAUUAUCAAGGGCUUGAUGCCUGGCGUCGUAAAGUCCCUCUAUCACGACCUAUCGUCGGCCAACCCGCCAGAAUGGGCGCUCUCAGGACGCAAUUGGAUAACUAUAUUCAUGCUCAUCGAAGUCCCGCUGUCGUUCCUGCGCAACCUGCAUAGUCUGAGACAUACCAGCUAUGUCGCUUUGUUUGCUGUGGCCUACCUCGUACUGAUCGUCAUCGUUUGUUAUUUCCGUCCCUUGGAGGGUAUGCCCGAGAAGGGGGAGAUUGCGUGGGCGCAUAUUACCCCGAAUUUUAUCUCGACGUUUCCGGUGCAGGUGUUCGCGUUCACUUGCGCACAGAAUCUAUUCCCUAUAUUCAACGAGCUGUCGAGCAACACGCAGAGACGCAUGGAUAUCGUCGUAGGCUCGUCCAUUGGUGCAGCUACCCUGACAUAUGAAAUUAUUGCGGUGUUUGGUUAUCUGACAUUCGGCAAUAAGGUCGGCGCUAACAUCAUUGCCAUGUACCCCUCAACAUCUCUUUUCAUUGCCGUAGGCCAACUUGCGAUCGUAAUCCUCGUUCUCUUCUCGUAUCCAUUGCAAGUCCAUCCGUGCCGCAAUUGCCUGGAUAAGGUAUUCCACGUGGGGGCGGUAUCGAAGGCAGGUACGGAGGACGAAGAUGGGGUGGAGGACGAAGCGCAUGGAAGCUCAGACAUGAGCACGUUCAAGCACACGAUGCUCACUGCAGGGAUCAUCGCGUGCGGUUUCACAAUUGCGUACUUUGUGGACGAUCUGCAAAUGGUGCUCUCGUUUGUCGGGUCUACUGGCUCCACGACGAUAUCCUUCAUCCUACCGGGUCUGUUCUAUUGGAAGGUGAGCAUCGCAUUCCCUGUGUAG